AUGUCCUCGUAUAUCGUGAAGCUGAACGACGCAGUCGCAGCGACUGCUGUUGGAAGAUGGUUCAAGUUAGAGGGUUCUGGUGCUAAGGGAGAGCGUCCUGGAUCAAGGUUUACGACUGAAAUCCGAGCAGGACUGACAACAUGGGCCGCCAUGGCGUAUAUUAUCUCUGUCAAUGCGGCCAUCCUUUCUGAUUCAGGAGGAACUUGUGUUUGCCCGACAAAAGACUUGUGUUUAAACGAUGAAGUAUACCAAAUAUGCGUGAAUGAGGUUCGCCAAGAUCUUAUCACGUCCACUGCUGCCAUCUCCGCCCUUUCUUCUGUUCUCAUGGGUGCCCUUGCGAACUUGCCAGUGGGCCUGGCGCCGGGAUUGGGCCUUAAUGCUUAUUUCUCCUACUCUGUCGUUGGACUACAUGGAAGUGGUAGUAUCACGUAUCGUGAGGCCUUGGGAGCCGUGUUCCUGGAGGGAUGGGUGUUCUUGCUUUUGUCCAUUCUUGGUGUUCGACAAUGGCUUGUUCGUAUUAUGCCUCAGUCACUUGUUCUCUCUGUCGGUGCUGGUAUUGGUCUUUUCAUUGCAUUUGUGGGUCUUGGGGCAAAUGGAUUGGGCGUUAUUGGUGGAGACACGAGCAAUUUUGUCGCUUUGGGAGGGUGUUUAGCUGAGAAUUUUAAAGAGGGCCUUCCUAACUAUUGCGAGCGCGGUGUCCUCAGGAGCCCCACGAUGUGGGUGGGCAUAUUUGCAGGAGGCAUUUUUACUCUUAUGAUGAUGAUGUACCGUAUUCGUGGUGCUAUCUUGCUGGGCAUCCUCCUCGUUUCCAUCAUCUCGUGGCCCCGCUCCACCGCCGUCACAUACUUCCCUCAUACCCCAAGUGGCGAUGCGCUGUUCGAUUAUUUCAAGAAUGUUGUCACUUUCCACAAGCUCAAGCAUGUGGGCAAUGUCAUUGAUUAUAACUAUGGCAACGGAAGGGUUUGGUAUGCUUUGAUUACUUUCCUCUAUGUCGAUAUCCUUGAUACCACUGGAACACUGUAUUCUAUGGCCAAGUUUGCCGGCCUUCGCAAUCCUGUAACUCUCGAUUUUGAAGGAUCUAACAUCGCCUACUGCGUGGACGCAUUCUGCAUUAGCAUGGGGGCCCUAAUGGGAGUCAGUCCCGUCACGGCCUACAUCGAAAGCGCCACUGGUAUCUCUGAGGGUGGCAGGACUGGUAUCACCGGAAUCACCACAGGGCUCAUGUUCUUCGUCUCUGUUUUCUUUGCUCCAAUCUUUGCUUCGAUUCCUUCCUGGGCUACUGGUGGUGCACUGGUCAUUGUCGGGUCUAUGAUGAUUCGCAAUGUUCUUGAAAUCAACUGGCAUUACCUUGGUGAUUCUGUUCCCGCAUUCCUCACCCUACUCAUCAUUCCUUUAACGCUCAACAUUGCUUAUGGCGUUAUUGCUGGUAUCAUCUCGUUCAUGCUUCUGAACGGGUUCGCUCUCGCUGUCACCAAGUUGUCCAAGGGCAGCAUUACACCUCAUGAAUAUGACCUGUCUGAGAAAUGGGUUAUUCCUCCAGGUGGGAUCUUCCCCCCUUGGCUUUACAAAGUCUUCGGCCGCACCAAAAAGGAGCCCGAGGCCGCGAUCGAGCACGAUAAAGAGGGCAGCACCGGUUCGACGACUAGCGUUGACGAGAAAGCAGUGCCUCAUACAGCUGGCCAUACAACGCCUAAUGUACCACGCCGUGACGAGCUAGUUAUGAUUGUCGUUGUAUACCUUAGUCUCCAGAAUGAAUUCCCGCAUUUUCUACUGGCUGCUGGCGUCGAGAACGCUGAAUUUAAGUGCUAG